AUGGAGAGUCAACGAAAAUAUAUCUAUAUAGACAAUUUGAUUGAAUUGUUUCCAUCAAUAAAAAUUUUAUUUAAUGACGUUUAUGAAAAAGAUAUAUUAUUCAAAAGUGCAGAAGAAGAAUUUUGUAUCAUUAGUACUAAACUUUCUCAUUUCUUUUCAAAGAAAGAAAUUAGUUAUGAAGAUAAAUUUAUUUUAUUUAAAGAACUUGCUAUAAACUCAAUAAUAACAUAUCAUCAAUCAUUAAGUGAUAUUCAAAAACGAAUUAUCAAUUAUUUAAAUAGUCUAAAUUAUCCAGUCUGUGAUAUUGAAGUAAAAAAACGAAAAACUGAUAGAAAAGCAUUAGAUGAGUAUUUGAGAAAAGUAUUUACAACAUAUAUGACUGUAUUAACAAAUAUGAGAAAAACUAAUACUGUAAGUAUUGAUGAUUUAUUAGGAAUGACAGAUUGUAAUGGUAAAAAAGAACGAGAAUAUUGGGUAGAAUACAUCAUAAGAGAAUUAAAUAAUACUCAAGAAAAAGGGUUAGUUGAAAUUUUAACAUAUUUAAAUUAUAACACAAAAGACCCUGAUGUUGAAAUUGAUUUAUCACAUAUUUCAUUAAAACAAUUAAGAGAAAUUCAUCAAAUAAUUAAAAUAUAUUCAAAAUAA